AUGGCAUCAAACGGGGCUCAAAUUCGCCACGCAACGCGAGACGAUGUUCCGACCAUUCUCGGUCUGAUCCAAGAACUCGCCGAUUACGAGAAAGCUUCCUCCUCCGUCAAAGCCACCAAUGAGCUCCUCACACGCACCCUCUCGCACUAUGACCCCUCCACCACGUGGACCGGCGUACCUGGGAAUAUUACCUCGAGGGAUCUCUUCGUUAAGCCGGCGUAUAGGAAGAAGGGUUAUGGAGUAGCCAUUCUCAAGGCACUUGCGCAAGAGGUCGAGAAAAUUGGAGGAAAGAGAUUGGAAUGGAGCUGUCUGACUUGGAAUGAACCGAGUUUGCAGUUCUACCAGAGUGAGGUCAUCGGCGCCUUCAAAAAGGACGGCUGGGUGGGAUUGAGGGUGGAAGGGGACGCGUUGGGCAAGCUGGCGAACUCGUAG